UGCCCCGCGCGCCCCGCAGGCCGCUGCCCCUCCCGCCCCGUCGCCGAGCGCGCUGCCAGGUUGCGCAAGGGGGUGGGGGGCGUUGGCCACCGUGUGUGUGUGGGAGCGGCCUGCGGCCCCGAUGAGGGGGUAGCGGCGCUGUGGUUGCCUCGAUUUCCCGGCCGUGCCCUUGAGCUGCAAUGGACUCGGCUCUGGAGGGUUCGGUGGCGGGUGUGACUGCGACGGUGGCCUUCGGCAGCACAGAGCGGGAAAUGCUCCAAGGACCAUCAGAAGAUGUAUUUCCAAAGAUGGAAAGUCCGGUUGAAGAGAUGGAUACCUCUGAUACCCAGUGGGGCUGGUUUUAUUUGGCUGAGUGUGGUAAAUGGCAUAUGUUUCAGACUGAUUCAAACAGUCAUUGCUCUAUUAGCAGUGAAGAUAUUGAAAGGAGUUUCCGAACAAACCCACAUGGUUCUCUGUCUUUUACAACUGCAAAAUUUAACUACAUGCUAGACUUUUCAGUGAUGAAACAAAUCAACCUAACUACCCUUAAGCAACGUCCAAUAAAGCGAGCUCCCUUUUCUAUCAAUUCAUUCAGUUUCAUCUGUGAAAAUGAGGCUAUCCCUAUGCCUUCGCACUGGGAGAAUGUAAAUACUGAGGAGCCAUACCAGCUUAUUCCAUUGCAAAAGAAAACAAAUGAAUAUAAUGAAGUUUCUAGUCUCUUUGGAAAAACAAUGGAUAGCCACCGAAUUAAAAGAAUUAAGAGAAUACAAAAUCUAGACUUGUGGGAGUUUUUUUGCAGGAAGAAAGCUCAACUGAAGAAGAAAAGGGGUGUUCCAACGAUUAAUGAGCAGAUGCUGUUUCAUGGCACCAGUAAUGAAUUUGUUGAAGCAAUAUGUAUUCAUAACUUUGACUGGAGAAUAAAUGGGAUGCAUGCUGCUGUAUAUGGAAAAGGGACUUACUUCGCCAGAGAUGCAUCAUAUUCCAGUCACUUCUGCAAAGAGAGCAUGAAGCAUGGAGAUACUUUCCAGAUUCAUGGCGUGAAUCUGCAGCCUCAUCUGCAUAGACCAGAUAAAGUCAUGUUUCUUGCUCGUGUAUUAACUGGUGACUAUAUUGGUGGGGACUCAAAAUACAUAAGACCUCCUUCAAAAGAUGGAAGUUUUGUGAACUUGUAUGACAGCUGUGUGGAUAAUACCUGGAACCCAAAGAUCUUUGUCAUCUUCGAUGCUAACCAAAUCUACCCUGAGUAUUUAAUAGAAUUUUGUUAAGUUUGAACUGAGUAUUGUUUGUGUCUUUUUGAUACUUUCAUUUCUUUCAUGAAGACAACAACAUGAAAACAUGAAGCAUUAAAGGAGAGAGGUGAAAGAAAAGGUGGCAUACAUUUAUGGAGGAGGCAAACUAUUAAGUACAUAAGAGAGAUUGGUGAAAUUUUUUGUAAAAUCUGUAAACUUUAUUAGUGCAUUUUUCAAAUGUAGAGACUGUUAGAAAUGUGAGGUUGCGUAGUGAUCCUUAAAUAUGUUGUUGGUUGUUGGGAAGUUUUCAAAGGCAAGAUUUUACAUUCUGAUUUUUUAAAAAUAUAUUAAAAUUAUUCAUGUGGUAGAAAUAUGCCUCUAAUAUAGUAUGCAUAUGAUGAAACUAAUCUUUUAUAAAGAUUGUCUAUAAAACAUAAAGUAACAACAACAGCAAAACCCGAGGGGACUUGGCUACAUAUGUGUGUGUGUUCUGUAUACACGUUGCUUUGUGUUUGGAGGUCUCUUAGUUUGUGUUCUAAACCUAUUAAAAAAAUAAAUUUAUAGCACCUCCAUCAGUUUUCCCAGAUGAAGUUCUACAAAGAGGUUAGGUUUAACUUUAGGUACAUUUUAACGUAAGCUCCAGGUAUAUACUUGCAAAAUUACAAAGCCCUUGCUAGGAUUUGAACUUCGGUUUUGACAGAAUUGAGGCCAGUAAACUCUUGUGGUUAAUUGUUUUGUAUGCAACUGCUGAGUUCACUGUUGGGAUAUCAGCAGUGCCAUGCACCUUUCUGAGUUCUCAUUCUAUGGCAUUUUUGCCAUCCUGUUACAGUAUUUAUGUGCUGCUGUGGUUCCUGUCUCAUUGGAGUUUAAGAAGCACUCAGUGCUCAUGUACUUACUGUUACUGAAGACAAUGUUUAGAUUAACUUUACUGGAAAUAAUACAGUUAAACUAAC